AUGGUGAAAAAAGCCAACCGGAAGUGGAGAAUAUGCAUCGACUUCACUAACCUAAACAAGCCCUACCCCAAAUACAACUUUCCUUUAGCAAUGAUCGACCAACUUGUUGAUGCAACAGCGGGCCUUGAACUCCUAACCUUUACGGAUGCCUUCUUAGGGUACAAUCAAAUUCGAAUGCAUCCCGAUGACCAGGAGAAAGUAGCCUUUAUCAUCGAUCGUGGUUUGUAUUGCUACAAGGUCAUGCCCUUUGGCCUCAAGAAUGCCAGAGCAACUUACCAAAGGCUGGUGAAUGAGGUGUUCAAAGAUCAGCUCUNCGUGGCAGUUCUACCUACUCUCCUGGUGAGGACCACGUCCGGCCACAGAAUGACAGAAGCUUAUGACUUCCGAGAUGAGGUGAGGACACGUCGUGGCCAACCCGUCGAAGAUGUCAUCCAUGUACCGCUUAACGAAGGAGACCCCGAGAGGAGAGUCCAG